AUGGAAAGCUGCUGCAGGCAAAGGUCCUCGAAAAAUCGAUUUUGCGAGAAAGAGAUGCAAGUGAAUGGCGAUCAACCGUUAGUCACAUCGCCUAUUGCAAUGAAACCAUCCGGAUACUGGACAACUUGUCCGGUCACGGUGAAAAUGCAACCGGGCAAGUCGUGGAUGCUUACAUUGACAGAUCUCAAACGUAGCGCACAGUUCACCAAUGUGCUCCCCAAAACGUCGAGUGCAUCGUCCGAUGAAGUCAAGUCCGGGAUCUGA